AUGCCAGCGCUGGACACAUCUGAUCUGCCAGUCGAUCCUGUCCCUCGUUCCAACGGCGGAGACCACGCCACCGAAAGUAACGGAGCAGUCGAGCUGACCAAGGUAGUACCUGAGAGCAGUGUGCCAGCUCCAAUUCCCGCCACGGACUCGAUCUCCCAUCCACAGCAGCAAGCUUCAGCGGACACUUCAGCUAUGGAUACUGAUCUGGAGGUUGCAAAGCCUGUGGAGGUUGCAAAGGGGCCGGAAGAGGUGGAAGCGAAGCCGGCCACAGGUGACGCCGAGGGUCACAUCGGAUCGAAUGGGGUCGCUGCACCGAAGACGAAGGCGGAAGAGACAGAUGCGACCGGCGGGCCGACCAGCGAACCCGGCGCGCUUCUGUCCUCUGCAGCGCCCGCGGAGCCUGGUGCAGCUAUUCCGCCCGCCUCGGCUGCGCCCGGAGCGCAGGCUCCACCAGUUCCACCUCCUGCCAGCAGCCCAGUUGCAGAUACAGCGGGCAGCGACGCAUCUGGCAGUCAGGCUGCAAAGCGGCACAGAAAGUCAACGACGCAUUUUGCUGAGCCAGGGGUGGUCAAUACUCAAUUGGCGCCUGCCGAUCUGAUCAAAUAUGCGCAAGCAGCCAUCAAAACGUUGAUGAAGCGAACGGAAGCUUUUGCAUUCAACGAGCCUGUCGAUCCUGUCGCUGCAGGCAUUCCAACAUAUUUGGACGUGGUGAAACGGCCGAUGGACUUUCGAACAGUCGAUCACAAGUUGAACUUUUCGUCGGCCGCGCUGCAGCGAAGGCCAAACGACAAGCUCAUAGCGGGAGCCAAGGUCGGGCUAAACCCGUCCAAGGACGUGUAUGCAAAUGCGCAAGAAUGGGUGGAUGACGUGCGACGCAUCUUUAGCAACUGUCGUCUGUUUAACGGCGCCGAGCACCCUAUCUCUCAGUCUGGCGACACGCUCGAGAACCUUUUCAAUGGGCAGUUGCCAAAAUUGCCAGCCGCAGAUCCGCCUCCACCUUCACCUUCGGUGGCCACCGCGUCGAGCAGCAAAGCCAGGCGACCCUCCAACGCUGCGCCAGCCGCGCGCAGAUCAUCUGUGGACGAUGGAACGGGAAGGCCGAAGCGCGAAGUCCACGCACCCUCCCGCGAGCUGCCUUGGCAGGACGAGCCAAACAAGGGCGCGUCUACGGGCACUCGCCCACGCCGAACCACGGGAAGUGCGCGCGAAGAGGCUCACUACACCAAAGUCAACGCGGAUGAGCUCAAGCACUGCACCAAGCCGACCAUCCAAAACUACGCUUGGGUCUUCAACGACCUUCCAGCACGGGAUCUCGAUUUUGCUCCAGCGUACUACAAGAUGAUCAAGAAACCCAUUUCUCUCUUCAUGGUCUCAGAACGCGCAAAGGCCAAAGAGUACGAGUCGCGGGCCGAGUUCGAAUCGGAUAUGAACCAGCUUUUCAAGAAUUGCUACACAUUCAAUGCUCCUGGACACGAUGUCUACGUCUUUGGGCAGAAGCUGCAAGAUGUAUACAACGAGAAGAUGGCGCGCAUGCCAAAGCACAGAUCGCUCAGCCCCGAGGAGGAAGACGAUGACGUCGACGCUGAAGCGGAUGAGGACGAGGAGGAGUACGAAGAAGAGAUGGAUGAAGACGCAAAGAUCCGGGCCCAGAUUGCCGCGUUGGAAGCCAAGUUGCAUAAACCCAAAGGCAGCAAGAGCUCGAAGUCGGCUUCUGUUGGCGCUGGAACUUCCAAGGGAAAGAAGAGGGCCGCCUCUGACAUUGCUGGAGGUGCCGUUCCUGCGGGUGCAGCGUCCAAGAAGAAAGCUCCGCCAAAGAAGGCCGCUGCAGCCCAGCCUGCAGCCGCUGUCGAAGCCUCGCCAGCAGCAGCCAAAAAAGCGAAAGCUGCACCAAAGAAGAAGGCUGCGCCGCCCAGCAAAAAGUCGAAUGGGGUAGAGGAGGAAGUGCGCACGGUGACGUAUGAGCAGAAAGAGGAGCUAGCUGCGAAAAUUACGCAGCUGCCCGACGACAGGCUGGACGGGGCGCUGAAGAUCAUUGCGGAAGACAAGCCGCAGAGUUCGACGGACGACGAGGAGAUCGAGCUGGACAUCGAUGAUCUUUCGCCGCGCACGCUCUAUAGGCUCUACAGGUACGUCGUUCGUCCCAAACAUAAGAAGGCUACCAAAUCUUCGGCGGUGGAUGGACGCAAACGUGGUACGGGAGGUGUGAAGCGAAAGAAUUUGGACGAAGAUGAAGAAGCGGAUAGGAUCGCUCGUCUACAAGCCCAGCUGUCCCAAUUUGAUAAUCCCGAUGCAGCCCCCACAAGCGGUGGACAUGCAGGCGCCCACGAUGAUCACGUACAGUCCGAAAGCUCUGACGAAGGAUCAGAGAGCGAGUCUGAGAGCGACUACUAG